UACCUGCCUGUCUGGUCCGCCUCACUCAGCACUCCAUUCUCAGAUUGGGGUUAGGGCCUCGCGAGAAUUAGAGUUUGGGCGAGAGUUUGUGGAAGAUGGCGCCUGUUGUGACAGGGAAGUUUGGGGAGCGGCCUCAGCCCAAACGUCUUACCAGGGAAGCUAUGAGAAAUUAUUUAAAGGAGCGAGGUGAUCAAACUGUAUUAAUCCUUCAUGCAAAAGUAGCGCAGAAAUCCUAUGGAAAUGAAAAAAGGUUUUUCUGUCCCCCUCCUUGUGUUUAUUUAAUGGGCAAUGGGUGGAAGAAAAAGAAAGAACAAAUGGAACGUGAUGGCUGCUCAGAACAAGAGUCACAGCCUUGUGCUUUUAUUGGAAUUGGUAAUAGUGACCAAGAAAUGCAGCAGCUGAACCUAGAAGGGAAGAAUUACUGCACAGCAAAAACGUUGUAUAUAUCUGACUCUGACAAGAGGAAGCACUUCAUGUUAUCUGUUAAAAUGUUUUACGGCAAUAGUGAUGAUAUUGGUGUAUUUCUCAGUAAACGAAUUAAAGUCAUCUCAAAGCCUUCCAAAAAGAAACAGUCUUUGAAAAAUGCAGACUUAUGCAUCGCAUCAGGAACAAAAGUGGCAUUGUUUAAUCGUCUUCGAUCACAAACUGUUAGUACAAGAUAUUUACAUGUAGAAGGUGGGAAUUUUCAUGCCAGUUCACAGCAGUGGGGAGCCUUUUACAUUCACCUUCUGGAUGAUGAUGAAUCGGAAGGGGAAGAAUUUACUGUGCGUGAUGGAUACAUUCAUUAUGGACAGACAGUAAAGCUUGUGUGUUCAGUUACUGGCAUGGCUCUCCCCAGACUGAUUAUCCGCAAAGUUGAUAAACAGACAGCAUUGUUGGAUGCAGAUGAUCCUGUGUCACAACUCCAUAAGUGUGCAUUUUACCUGAAGGACACUGAAAGAAUGUAUUUGUGUCUUUCUCAGGAGAGAAUAAUCCAGUUUCAGGCGACUCCUUGCCCUAAAGAAGUAAAUAAAGAGAUGAUCAAUGAUGGAGCUUCCUGGACAAUCAUAAGCACGGACAAGGCAGAGUACACAUUCUAUGAAGGCAUGGGGCCUGUUUACGCACCAGUCACUCCUGUGCCUGUUGUUGAGAGCUUACAGUUAAAUGGUGGUGGUGAUGUGGCAAUGCUGGAACUCACUGGACAGAAUUUCACUCCAAAUCUACGAGUAUGGUUUGGGGAUGUCGAGGCAGAAACUAUGUACAGAUGUGCAGAGAGUAUGCUGUGUGUGGUGCCAGAUAUUUCCGCAUUCCGGGAAGGCUGGAGGUGGGUUCGUCAACCAGUUCAAGUUCCAGUAACAUUGGUUCGUAAUGACGGAAUUAUUUACUCCACCAGCCUUACGUUCACUUAUACACCAGAACCAGGUCCAAGACCACACUGCAGUGCAGCAGGAGCCAUCCUUAGAGCAAACUCCAGUCUGAUGGCUUCCAAUGAACCAAGUACAAACAGCGAAGGAAGUUACACAGGCAUUAAUGCCAAUGCAACCACUGUCACAUCUUCUGCAGCAGCAGCUGCAGCAGCAGUAUCCUAACUAGAACUUGACAUAAACUAAAUAAGACUUCAGACUGCUGCACAUAAAAUAAUUGGAACUGUACAUGUGAACAGCCUUUGCAAUUUCAUGAAGCAACACUUCUGCCUAGAUAAUCUUACUCAAGUUUGUAUCACAAACUAAGUGAUGGAUUCAAAGACCACGAGGAGAAGAUGCAUCAGAAAUGCAAACAAAGAAAUAUACAGAUCUAUUUUUCAGCUUUUUUAAUACGGGCAGAUUGUGAAUGUGGGAUAAAUGAGAACUGCUAGGAGAAAGCAUGAACAUAACAUAGUUUUUACGGACCAAGGAACUUGUAUAAGCUUUAGUAAAGGUACAUUUUCACCAUACCUUUUUGUAUUAAACAUAUAGUACACUUUUGUUACCAAAUAGUUUAUAUUUUUUUUCUUCUGAGCUUGGGCUCUGUUGUGUAUUCAGGUUUCAUACCUGACAUUGCUUGUAUAAUCUAAGUACCUUAUUCUUCCAGUUAAAAAAUAUACUUUUGGCUGGAACUGUUCUUUUUUAAACUGAAGUCAUAUGACUUUAUAUGAACUGAAGGUGUGUUGAUCUUUGGAAAAGCAGAACCUCGUAAGGGGACAGCAUACCUUUGUUUUUUCUAUGUACAUCUGCGCGUGUGGACAGAUUAAACUGUAUGUGUUAUGUUAAAAGACUAUACAUUUGUACAAAAGCUUUAAAAUGCCUCUGCCGUGCCUGCAUUCCAUGCAGUGUGUGUUAUCUUUAGUUGUUUUCCCCAUCAUACAUUGAAAGCAGCCCAAUUCUUCAGAUAAUCUGGAGCGUUAAGUAUUUAUAGUUAUUACUGAGGUUUUGCCAAAACCCGAUUUUGUAAACACGGCAACAUAAUAUUCAUGUAAUGUUUUCUGUUUUGCUCUUGGGCCACCUAAGCUCAAAUACUGGCCUUUGAAUCUUGUUACAUUUGUUUGUGACACCCAAAGUGUAUUUUUAAAUGUUUAUUUAUAUGUUACUUGUUAAGGUUAAACAGUUCAUACUAGUUUGAAAAGUAAAAUGCAUUCUAUAUAUGUAUAUAUAUAUAUGUGUAAAAAAUGAAAGCGUAAUUACUUUUUAUUAGACUGGCACAAUGUUUCAUGCCUUAUAAGAUCUUACAGCAAGAAGCAAGAUUUGAAACAUUUGUUGCCACUCAAGCUGCUAGAUAAUGCCCUGUAUUUUAUUAAUAAAUGCUGCACUUGUUAGCCGUUUCAGCAGAUCACAGGCAAACCCCACUGUGAUGAAAUAACCAUGUAAAAAGUAUUUUUUUAUUAGUUUAUACAUGUUUAACUGGAUGGUAGUUUAAAUUUUCUUUUUAAACUUUUUUAUCUCUGUAUCUUGUAUAUGUAGUCAUCAUUAGUAUUUUUUGUAUUUUUUUGUGUUUUUUCCUCUUUGUUCAGUGCUUGGCUUGCCUCAGACUGUUGAGAUAGGCUCUGUGUCUGUCCUGUUUAGCUGCUCUUCAUUAGUUAGUCUGCCUUACUGGUGCUGUUACCUUCCAUUCUAAACAGUCAACUUCUCUGUCACACUAAUAAAGGAAAGUAAUAUGGUAGUGACCAGGACAAACAUUAA